AUGACAACAUCAACAUCUCAAUCUCAACAAUCAUCAUCAAAAUUAAAAGGAAAACAAAUAUUAUGUAAAGUACGAAUGCUUGAUGAUCAAGAAAUUCCAUUUCAUAUUGAUCCGAAGGCAACUGGUCAAAAUUUAUAUGAUAAUGUUUGCAAUUAUUUAGAAUUACUUGAAUCUGAUUAUUUUGCCUUAGAAUUUUCUGACUCUCGUAAAAAUUCGAUUUGGCUUGAAUUAGAUAAACCUGUUUUGAAACAAGUUACUGAAACGAAAUUUAAUAUGUGUGUGAAAUUCUAUACACCGGAUCCUGGUCAACUUGAAGAAGAAUUUACGAGAUAUUUAUUUGCAUUACAAAUCAAGCGUGAUCUUUAUCAAGGGGCUUUAUUAUGUAGUGAUAAUACAGCAGCAUUAUUAGCUUCUUAUAUUGUUCAAGCUGAAAUAGGUGAUUAUUUAGAAUCUUACAAUAAUGAUCCAAGAUAUAUGGGUGGAAGACGUUUUUUUCCAAAUCAAAUAUAUGAACAUGAUGUUAGAAUAAUGAAUUAUCAUAAGAAUCAUAUUGGUCAAACACCUGCUGACGCUGAUCUAAAUUUAUUGGAUAUCGCACGAAAAGUCGAAUUAUAUGGAAUUAAAAUGCAUACAGCUAAAGAUCAUGAAAGUGUUAAUCUCAAUUUAUCGGUUGCUCAUAUGGGAAUACUUGUAUUUCAAAAUUGUACAAAAAUUAAUACAUUUUCAUGGGCUAAAAUAAGAAAAUUAAGUUUUAAACGUAAAAAAUUUUUAAUUAAACUUCAACCCGAAGGUUACGGUUAUUAUAAAGAUACUGUUGAAUUUUAUUUUGAUACACGUGAUGAAUGUAAAAUAUUUUGGAAAAAAUGUAUUGAAUACCAUGCGUUCUUUCGAUGUGUUAGUAUCAAACGUUCACAACGACAUAGAAGUAAAUUAUUAACACGUGGUUCAUCAUUCAGAUAUGCUGGUCGCACACAAAAGGAAAUUGUUGAAUAUGCACGCGAACAUUAUGUAAAGAGUCGUACAUUUUCGAGAUCUUACUCCAGUACACGAAACGUUGCUCCAUUAUCAACACGUUCGUUACGUUCACCACAAUGGAAAACAUCGGAUACAAUGCGUAGUCAAGAUACAACUGUAUCAUCAGCUGAUUCACGCUUAAUAUCAUCUGAAGUGAAACGUCAACAACAACAACAGCAUCAACAAGAUAAACAUCAACAUCAUCAUCAUUUGGUAAAUUCGAAUACAAAUAAUAUGGAUGAUAAUUAUCAAUACUAUCACGAUGACUCCUCAACACAUGGUAGUCGUACGCUUGAUUCACGCUUUAGUCGUGAAAAAUAUGAUUUAUCUGGCGAAAGUACGAAUGAAGAUGAAGAUAAUAUUGAAACACCAGCUGCAACAGGAACCACAGUCGAAGCAUUACCGUCACAAACAGUGAAUAAUAAUGAACACGUUGAAGAAAUAGUAACUAAUACUCCUCCUCAUCUUAUAACGUCUCGGACGACGCAUAAUUCAAAUGUUAUUGCUACUACUAAUCGUUUAUCGCGUGAUCCAUCGAUUGAUAUUGUUGAACAUCAACCAUCACAAGAUAAUUUUAUCUAUCGUGAAAUUUAUACAAUUGAUACAAAUGAUCCUGAACGACAACAUCAAGAAAUAUUAACUGAGAUUAAUGGUGAUGAAGUGUCACCAUCUUAUUCUAAACGUGAAACAUAUAAUUAUACAGUUGAAAAAAAGACCACUGUGCAUACUGAAACGAUAACAAAACAACCGCAAACAGCUGAUGAAGGAGGUAAGUCGUCGGGCUCAAUUUUAGUCGCCAAUACGAAUACUGAUAGUAGUGAAUCGAAUCAUAAUAGUAUGAUUGGGUUUGAAUUAUAUCAUUAUCAUAAUAAUAAUAGUACUAGUAAUAGUAAUAAUAAUAAUCAUAAUAGUAAUAAUAAUGAGAAAGAUGAUAGUUCAAUUAAUAAACGUUAUUCUACCGCAUUAAAAAUACAUCAUAGUCAUCCUGAACAGACACAACAUCAACGUUCAUUGUGUACUGUUGAGAAUGAUAAGGUUAUUGAGAAUGAGAAUGAAAAUGAAAAUGUAAUUGAUGAAAAAGAAGAGAAAAAAUUAAUGUUAAGAGCGCAACAACAACAGCGGUCCUAUUCAUUACAAUUAGAACGUUCUUUAUCAUCCGAUUUUACACAUUCACCAUCAAUAUCUGGUAGUAGUUCAUCAACUAAAUCUCUAGAUCAUGAACAAUUAACACUACCAUCAAUUGAACGUUUAAUUGGUCCAAAACAUGGACACGUAUCUAUUGCUGACAACAAUAAACAACACUCUGUUACUCACAUAGAAAAGAAACAAAAACAACAAAAUAUAGUACGAGAAAUUGGUCAUGUUAAAUUUUUACCAAUAAAAAAGACAAUGCCUAUGAUAAAACCAACACCAAAAGCACAUUCAUUACCUCGAAUGACAAGUUAUAUUGAAUAUAUUGAUAAGAAAAUAUUACCACCAAAACAUAGUUUAUCAUGGCAAGAUGAUACAGCACAAUCAAAUGAAAAUAAAAUUAUUUAUGAACGAAUAAAACGUCAAAUAAUAUCAAAAGUUGUACAAUCACCACCACUACUGUCAUUAUCAAUUGAAUCAAUAGUUAUGGAUAUUCUUAAUGAAUUAUGUGAUCGUAUUGUUAAAGAUGAAUCAAAUAUGUAUGCAAUCGUCAAUAGACUUGUCGAUCAAGUUUGCGCUAAAGCUCUACAAUUAUAUAAAAUAGAAAAACGUCAACAAUUAUUUUCAUCUAUAACAACUGCAACAUUACAACAUCAUAAAUCAUGUUGUUUAACUGUUUAUAAUAAUAAUAUUGAUAAUAAAUCGAAUACAUCACGACUUCGUACAAAAUCAACUCCAAUUAUAGCAAUAACAACAGAUUGGUCAGAUAUAAGUAGAAAACUAGCAUAUGAAAAAUGUUUUCCAGCUUAUCCAUCGUCAGACAAACAUCAUUUACAUGAAUCAGAUUUUACAACAUUUUCUGAUGCAAAAUUAAACUUUUUUAAUAUUUUACGUGAUACAAAUAAAACAUCUGUAUCACCUAUUCAACAACCAAUCAUUUUAUCAUCUUCUUCAUCAUCAAGUCGUUCUUCUUCAACAUCGUCUUAUGCAUCUUCAAUGAGUAAUAGAAAAUUAUUCAAUUAUCCGUUAACAACAAAAAAGUCACCUGAUAUCAUGCGACCAUUUAGUGCCAGAUUACUUGAUCUAAGUGAUUCAGACAUUGAACAACAAAAACAACAACAAUUAAUAACAAUAACAAAAAUUCAUAAAAAAAAGAAAGAAAAAAAAUUGAUAUGUGAAUAUGAACAAAAUAAAACAAUAAUAGCACAUCUUCCAUUUGAAUGUACAAAUACAUCAACAACAUCAAUAUUAAUAAAUAACAAUAAUAAUGAACAACAUAAACAAAAAUCUUCAUCAUUAAAUCAACAACGUCGACGAUUAUAUUUACGAACAUCAAAAAAUCAAAAAAGAUCAAGUUCAAAUUCGAGUGAUGAUUCAUUAUCAAAUCAUUUGAAUAAAGCAGGUUAUCGUGACUCGACAGAACAUCGUCGUCGAAUAUUUGAUUCAUCCAGACCAUCGUUGGAUAAUACUUCGUCUUCUGUUCGAACAAAUUAUCAACAUCGGCCAUCUUUACCGUCCACUACAAUUAUCUCAGAAUUAGUUCAAAAACCAACUACAACAACGCCAAUAAUAACAUCAACUGUUAAUAAACGUUUAGAUUUAAUACCGGCAAAAAUUUCAACGAUUCUAGCAAGUGGUGAAAAUCUCUUUCCUCCUCCUCCACCACUUCCUCCACUAACCACGUCACCUGCAUCAAUGAGAAUCAAUGAUUCAAUCGAUGAAAAUAAGCUGGAAAAUCAUCGUCACCUACAAUUUUACAACAAACUACAACGCCCACCAAUAAGUUCGUCAACAAUUCCUACCUCAUUAUCAUCAACAUUAAUAACAUCUACAAUUCAUGAUAGAGCAUUUUAUAUAUGUAAAGAAAUGUUAAUGACUGAACGUACAUAUAAAAAAGAUAUUGAAGUUAUUGCUGAUGCAUUUCGUCGUGAAUUUACAAUUAUGUUAGAUCAUGAACCAGAUGAAAAUUUAACAAAUUUUAUGGAUUUAUUAUUUUCACAUCUUGUUCCAAUCUAUGAAUUUCAUAUUAUAUUUUUAAAAAAAUUUGAACAACGUAUUGCAUUUUGGGAAAGUCGUUCAUUUACAAAUAAUGAUAAUGAUAAUAAUAAUAAUAAUAAUAAUAAUAAUAAUAUUUUUCAACGUAUUGACGAUCUUGUACUUCAUCUAAUCGAUAUUUUACCAAAUUAUGAAAAAUAUGUUGAAAAUUAUGAAAAAUUAUUAAAUGAAUUAGAAAUUGUUUUAAAACGUAAUAAACGUUUUGAUUUAUUUUAUAAAGAAUUUGAAUCACAAAAAUUUUGCUAUUUAUCAUUUAUAUCAUUUUUAUUGAAACCAUUACAACGAUUAUUACAUUAUCGACAGUUACUAGGAAAAUUACUUAUAUACUAUGAACAAAAUAAUCAUGUAGAUGAUUAUCAACGUUGUUACGAAGUUUUUAUUAAAAUUCGAGAUCAUAUUGAAAAUUUUAUGGAAUCAUUGAGUAUAUUUCUUAAUAAACAAAAAUUAAUUGAAUUACAACGAGAUUUAAUUGGUAUCGAUAAUUUAUCAUCCUCUCAUGAACGACAAUUCAUACGAGAAGGAUGUUUACAAAAAUUAUCACGAAAAGGUUAUCAACAGCGAAUGUUUUUUUUGUUUUCCGAUGUUUUACUUUAUUGUGCAAGAAGUUCGAGUCCAGUUUUACAAUUUAAAUUACACGGUGAAUUACAUUUAAAAUCGAUGAUGAUUGAAGAUAGUGAUGAACGUAUUAAAAUACCAAAUUCAAUUACAAUUUAUACUACAAAUCGAUCGUUACUCGUUGCUGCAAGUUCGGAAAUUGAAAAAGAUAAAUGGUUAAAUGAUUUGAAAAUUGCCAUUGAAAAAGCUAAAGUGUAUGAUGAUGAAAAGCAACAACAACAGCAACAACAACAAAAUUCUUCUACAUUGAAAUCGAAUACAUCAUCGGAAAAUCUUGAUCAUAUCAUAGAUGAUGAAACUAAUACUAUUGAACGGUCAUGUAUUCAACAUCGUGCAAAUACAACAAUGCAUGUUUGCUGGCAUAGAAAUUUAUCUGUUAGUAUGAAUGAUUAUAGAUUUUCAAUUAAAAAUCAAUUAAGCGGAUAUUUAUUACGAAAAUUUAAAAAUUCAAAUGGAUGGCAGAAAUUAUGGGUUAUUUUUACAAAUUUUUGUUUGUUUUUCUACAAAACAUAUCAGGAUGAUUUUCCAUUAGCUAGUUUACCCUUACUUGGCUAUAGUGUAUCAUUACCAUCAGAAAGUGAUGGUAUUAAUAAAGAAUAUGUGUUUAAAUUACAAUUUAAAAAUCAUGUGUAUUUUUUUCGUGCUGAAAGUCAAUAUGCAUUUGACAGGUGGCUUGAAGUGAUAUCCAGUGCCACAAAUCAAUCCUGA